UGUUGUAAACUGCUGACUAAACGCAGGCUCACACCAACGUGCGUUGGGAAAACUAUAAAAAUAUUAAUAUCAGAGCAGCAGUCAUAAAAGUCGCGAAAAAUAGCCCCACAAGGUCGUCUUGUUGAUAUUCGUAAGCUUCAGAAAAGGCCUGUGGUAUGGCUGGGGGAAACGCUAUCAACAAACCUCGAACGGCUCUUAAGAAAAAUCUAAAUAAGCUGCGCAGAGUAAAAAAACAACAGCACAAAAAGCAACAAAAAGUAGGAGGAGGAAUAAGAAAAAAAGCCCAAGAUGACUUGACUUCUUCACACAUCCUCAAAAAAACAAGGACUAAUCCAAAGGCAAACAUAACUCUUUCUGGGAAGAAAAAGAGAUUGAUUUUGAAGCAAAUAAAGAAACAGGUCAAAGAGGAGUCUUCUAUGGAUGUUACCAUUGAAUCCAAAACUAAAGGAAAUGACCCUCAAAAGAAUCAAGAUUUCAAAAUGGAGAUGGAUUAGAGGCAGAUAGACAAUGGAGGUGAAACACACACUAUUCUCAGAAACCACAGCGAAAGUGAUGUUGAACAUGCAAAAAAGAAGGUUAAUGUUAGUAGUGGUAACAAAGUGUGUAUAAAGCACACCAUUGGUCAGAAGAGCUAGAUACAGUAUGCAUACAUGCCAUGUUUACGGUAUAUAAUUGACUCUGAAUCCCCAACUUAACACUGUUAUUAUUCAAAUUAUUUUUUACUUUAGCCAUAGAAUCGAGCUGUUUUUAAAUUUUGCCUCAAUACAACUAAAUCUAGUUUAAUGAAAUUUUCUUAUAUGUGUAUUAUUUGCAUGAUUGGUUUUUGCAAAUAACAGAUUUGCCACACACAGACAGGCGGACAGACAGACACCUUAUUGGUACCUUGUAAACGCUUUUACGUUUUUGGUGUUAAUCCAAUAAAUUAAAAAUUAUAAGUCUAUUAACAUAAUAAUUUAAAUACUCAAAAUAGAUUUUGUAAUAUUUGCCCUAAGUAGGAAGCAGUCAUGUACCAGUUUUGCUGUCAAAAUCUAAGUCUUUAGGGGCUGAGUCAUGGCCAAUGAAACUGUAUUAUCUUUUGGGGUGAUUGUUCUAUCUUUUAGGGUAUAAAAUUCUACUUACUUGGUGUCAUUCUAGGGGAUCAUCACAUCCUAAUAACAACUGGACAUGAUUGUGGCCAGAAAGAGAUGUGGUUGGGGGUGACGGGCACUGUUUUUUUUUUUUUUGAAUAGGAUAAUAUAACUGCAGCUGUUUUUCUAGGGCAGCUUAUAAUAAUUAGUUGAAGUCCCCUUGAUUAAGAAGCCCUAGAAAGCUGCAGAUUAGCUAGAUACUAAGCAAAAUACCUCAUCUAAGACAGUCUAUGCAAGUUAUGCUGUAGUUUGUGUAUUGACAAGAACUGCUAAAGUGGACGUCUGAUUUUGGUAUUGUCUAUGAAAAUGGUCAUUCUUGACAAACACUCUUUUUUAUAAGAACGUCCAGCCUGAGAUUUCACCAAAUCUUAAGAACAUGCUUAGGCUCAGAUAGCAGAAAAAUGUUUCUUUUUUUGUCCUCAUGCAUUUAGAAAUGCAGAACAAAUUAUGCUAAUAGUAACAACCUUAUUAUUGCUUUUGAUUAUUAGAGUAAUUCUCUUCCUAAUAAUUCAUUGGGUAUUAUAUUCUUAAAUACACUAAAAAAUUUAAGAACAUCGUUAAGAACAUAUUAAGCCUUAAAAUGUCCCAAAAAUAAAAAUGGCCCAGCCUCAACUGAGAAUUAGACGUUCUUAUAAAAACGGAGUGUACAACUACUGUACAAUUCUAGAGAGAAAGUAAAGAUAUUUUAUCUACUGUAGUUUGUAAAAGAACUUUCGAAUGUCAAAUAAAAUAUCUACAAAUAAAAA